UUCAUUUUCUUUUCCAGGGAAUAUAUGGUUAUCCUAUUGAAAUACAAGCUCUUUUCUUUAUGGCAUUGAGAUGUGCUUUGGCAUUGCUGAAACCUGAUGCAGAAGGAAAAGAAUUUAUAGAGAGAAUUGUGAAGCGUUUACAUGCCUUAAGUUACCACAUGCGAGGUUACUUCUGGCUUGAUUUUCAACAACUAAAUGACAUAUACCGUUACAAGACUGAAGAGUACUCGCACACUGCGGUAAAUAAGUUCAAUGUCAUUCCUGAUUCCAUCCCAGAUUGGGUUUUUGAUUUCAUGCCAUGCCGUGGUGGUUACUUUAUUGGCAAUGUCAGUCCUGCAAGAAUGGAUUUCCGAUGGUUUGCUUUAGGUAACUGUGUUGCAAUUCUAUCUUCUCUUGCAACCCCAGAGCAAUCAGUGGCUAUAAUGGAUCUUAUUGAAUCUCGCUGGGAAGAGUUGGUGGGAGAAAUGCCAUUAAAAAUAUGUUAUCCAGCAAUAGAAAGCCAUGAGUGGCGAAUC